AUGGCAAGCAAGUGGCGCCUGAACCGGGCAGAAGAAAGCUCUGUUCAAAAGGAGGCGGAUGCGGUGAAGGCGGAAAGGCUGAACCAGGGCUGCUCUGAGCAGGAGGCCAAAGAAGCUCACAGGCAGCAUGUCGCCACCCGCACGCAAGAGCUGAAGAAGGCAAAGGCUGAUGCCAGCAAGGCUAAGCAGGCUGCCCGGUCCGCAGGCGGGAAAGGUGCAGCCGCCCCGCCGUCGCUUGCCGCCCCGUCAGCGGACGUGCUCCAGAACAACACGGACUACUACACGAAGCUGAUGGACUCAAUGUCUGUCAUUCAAGGCCACCCUGUUUUUCAGCGGAUCAACGAGGCGAUGCCGCUGCUGAUCACGGAUGAUGAAACCAAAGAGUGCGGCGUUCAGGCUGUCUUUGAGGCGGAGGCUGCGAAGAUUGCAUUGGCUCGGACAGGAGUGUACCGGGCAGCUUGCAAUUUGUUCUGGCUUGACCUGACCAGCAACUCGACACCGAGGGUGCCGCUGAGCUACGCAAGGGUGCGUGAGUGGGCACAGACUGUCUUUGGCAAGGGGCCGCGCCACUUCAAAGACCUCAUUCUCGUUGCAGCCCCUGCAGCUGACUCGGACUUGCUUGCUUUGCGCGGAUCUUGGAAACAAGUGACGCCGGAAGAGCUGACUCACAGCACUGUGUUUGCGCUGGCAGACCGCAUCACAGCAGGCGCCGGUGAGGAAGAGCUGCGAUCAUGGCGUUCCUGCUUGCUGAGCACGCCGAUGAUGUUCAGUGUCCUGGGCAACGAGGAUGCAAUCUAUUGGGAGGCAUACGACCAGAGGCAGAGGACUGGGAUUGUCCAAAGCCACGACACUAUCAAGAGGUCAGCCCGGCAGUGGGCGCACGAGAUCAUGGCGUUCAAAGAGAGGAAGGAGCAGGAGCUUGGCGAGGCGUUGACUUCAAAGCGCUUGCAAAUGCUGUUCAAAGAUGGCUCGAAGCACACCGAGGCUCGCUCCACCAAGAUCGAAACUGGCGCGGACAACUUCGUUGCAGACUGUCAAAGGGUUUACGAGAAACUGUUGACAGACAACUACUGCAACGCCAAGCUCGAGUCGUUGGAGCGCCAAUUCGGACUGGAGUCGCCGCUCAAUAGCCUUCUCAAGCUCCGUGUCAUCAUAGAGAAAACAAGCAACGUCGAACAGCGGCGCUGGGUGUUGGGCUUUUUCGAAGAUGCAUUGUCGACUGGCAAACUGAGCUGCGACGCGGUUGGAAAGAGCUACCUCCAGGGCUCGCCAACUGCUGCUUCAGCCGUGGACUUCAUCAAGUUCCGCCGGCAGGCUGUGGACUUCUUCCUGGAGCUUGUCAAGCAGCAUCUGGCCAACGUGGAGAUCUACAGGCAGACAGUCACUGCUAAGCCAGAUGCCGAUGGGGUUGUGGCGAGCCAGUGGCAAGCUGGUCUGAAGGUUUCCUCCAUCAAAGCGCUGAAGCUGAUGGAGGACCUGCUGUUCGGAAACUCGCUGAACUCAGCCAUGAUCGCGGUCCUGAAAAAGAACCCAACCAAGCCAGAGCCCCUGGAGCUGUGCGAGGUCGAGACAUUCAGCCUGAGGAUGCGUGAGUGCACGAAAGAGAAGGAUGCCGAGACAGCGUCGGAGAAAGCUUUGGCCGGCAUGAGCGAAGAGGCUGAGCAUGCUCGGGAGGAUGACGAGUGCACCAAGAUAGCAAAGGGCGCCAUUCCGGCCACGCCCUCGCGCUACACGAAAGGCAGCGUCGAACACUUUACGGCGACUGCUGCAGAGUUGCUCAACAUCUACUGCCUCCUGCAGCCCGAGCCAUCGACGGAAUCCGCGCUCAUCAAGAUGAUCAGCGAGUCCCCUCUGAGCCCGAGCAAGGUCAAGGGAGUUCCUGGCAAGUCAGCUGUGUUGAUAUACCUUGACACACAGCUCAUCGGCGAGAGCAACAAGAAGCCGGCAUUGCGGCUGCCACCCAUUCAGCCAGGCUUGUUGCAGAAGCUCAUCACUUGCGCGCUCAAGGCCAGAGGUUCCUCCCCCGUUGGCAAGUCUACCCAAGUGGACACACCGAUCGAGGGCGACAUGAUUGUCGUUAACGACGGUGGCCGCGCAAGGGAUGACCAGGUCCUGGCUCCCUUCAAGUCAGCCAGGACAAGGGGCAGCGUGAGUCCCCACUUGGAGCACUGGGAGCUCAGCCUGAUCAUCAGCCAAGACAGCGUCAAGCAGAAGAAGAGAAAGAGCCGCGGUGCUUUGAACCAAGUAAUGAAGUUUCACUUCAUUACCAAGGACUCCUUGGACAAGAUGGUGCCAGAAAGGAAGCACACAAAGUACCCUGGCAGCUGUCGCGGCAAUGCUCUGGCGUUUGUCUCGCUGGCUUCGACUUCUCAGACUUGGCAGGCUACUGUGGAAGAGAAGCAGGCAAUCUUCAAGGAGAAAAUCUUCGGCGGAGACGGCUUGAGCAGCCAAGCGGACGAGGAUGAUGUCGAAGAGGGGACGGCGGCCGCGCAGGAGGCAGAGGGGGAACUUCAACGGAAAGACCACGAUGUCGAGCCGGUCUUCUUUCACAACUUGCCAAAGGUGCUGUUUGAGAACUUGCUGGGCUCUUGGAGCAUUUCUGCAGUUCUGGAUCUCAGCCCAGGGUCAGGAGAGCUGGCCAAAGCUGCUGUGGAGAAGCGAUUGCCUUAUUAUGGAGUCUGCCUGAGUGAAAGCCAUGCCGUCAACCUGAAGCAGGAUUUGGGCUUAAAGUUUUUUGGGGAGCUCAUUGGCCACAUCAAGACGAGCAUGGCGACAGAGGGCACGCCGUUGUAUGCUCCAGAAUGGGCCGAAGAGAAAGGCUCCCGCCGCCUUGGCGCCGACGACGAUGAAAGCCAGAAUGAUGAUGAAGAAGAAGACGACCAGCCGUUGAGGAAGAAGCCAAAGAAGAAGACAAAUCCGGGACCCAAACCAAAGCCCAAGCCUAAGCCAAGCAAUGAUGGAGAAGGCAACGAAGAUGACGAGAAGGAGAAGAAGAAGCCGAAGAAGAAAAGGAUCAUCGCAGAUUCAAAUUCAGACUCUGCAAGCGAAUGA